AUGGAAAACAUAAUAAACAAAAAGCAUAAUAAAGGGGGAAAUAGUAAAAUCUUUGUUUUAUUAAAAUUUUCUAUAUAUACUAUUUUAUUAUGGAUAGUUACAUUUACAACUAAUAAUUAUAAAUAUAAUGAUUAUAACAAUGAAGGAAGAAGUAAACAAGUGAGAUAUAAAAGAUUAUUAAGCGAGGCUGCUGUAGAAUUUGAUACAAUUUUUGAUGUGUUUAAGGAAAGUUUUUUAGAUCAAAUGGGAUGUAGUGAUCAAGAUAAAAAUGAAAUAAAAAAUGCUAUGAAAAUGUAUUAUGAUAAUAUAGAUAUAAAUGCAUUAUCUAACGAAAUACAAAACAAUGAAAAUUUCCUUAACGAAUUUGGUAAUGAUGCUAGUAGUAUUAACAAAAUUAUGAAAACUGAUAUUACAAGUGGUCAAGGAACUAGUGCUGAUGAUAAUAAAACAGAAAAUAAUGUAUCAACAUCUCAAGGUGAUGAUAAGCUUGAAUCAUCCACUUCAGGAGUAGAAAGGAAGAAGGAAAGACCCAAUUUAUUUACAGAUACAUUAUCUAAAGACAAAAAUAAUACAAAUGACACUAAAAAAGAAGAAAAUAAAGGAGAACCAUCACAAUUAGAUGAAAAUAACCAUAGCGGAAGUUCAUCAUAUCAAGGAGAAAAGAAUAACAAAAAGACACAAAUGAACAACCAAGAUAAAACUGAAAAUAAAACUGAUAAAAAUGAAACUGUAACAAAAAAACCUUCUAAAUAUACAUUGAAUCUUGAUUCUCCUUUAUUAAAAGGUUCAAGUGAAGGUGAAACCUCAACCAAAAAAGCACAAGAUAAAAGUAUAGAACCAACAAAAAAACCUUCUAAAUAUACAUUAAAUCUUGAUUCUCCUCUAUUAAAAGGUUCAAGUGAAGAUGAAUCACAAUCUAAGAAAGAGUCAAAAGAUAGUAACGGAUCAACUAAAAAACCUUCUAAAUAUACAUUGAAUGUUGAUUCCCCCUUAUUAAAAGGUUCAAGUGAAGAUGAAACAUCAUCAAACAAAGAAUCAAAUGAUAGUAAUGGAGCAACUAAAAAACCUUCAAAAUAUACAUUGAAUGUUGAUUCCCCUCUUUUAAAAGGUUCAAGUGAAGGUGAAACGUCAUCUAACAAAGAAUCAAAUGAUAGUAAUGGAGCAACUAAAAAACCUUCUAAAUAUACUUUGAAUGUUGAUUCCCCUCUUUUAAAAAGCGAACAAAAAUCAGAUGUAAAACGUGGCGCAAGUAAUUUGUUUAGUCUAGAUAAUAUUGGAAAACUCGAUUUAGGUUCCAUACUUGUCCAAAAUUUAGAAUUACUAAAAGGCUUUGCGUUGAAUUUCCAAACAUUGAGUUUACUUUUCUUGGUGUUCGUUGGACAGUUCUAUCCUGAACAUUUUCAAAAGGCUGCAAUAUUCGUUGGAAUGGUAAAUGUAUUUUUAGAAUGUAAACGUUUAUAUGGUAGAUCUCAAAAGAAAUUAAAAUAA